AUGGACCGCUACAUUGUUAACAACAAUGUCAGCGGUCAAACCGGAGAACAGCCUGGUCCUGAAAACAAGGGGUUAGACGUAGGGGUUAAUGCGGGAGGAGAAAGUACCGUAAUUACAAACGAUCCUCAGACAACUUACAUAAUUCACCCAGGUACAAGUAAAAUGAUAGAAGCAGCAAGUUUUAAGUUAGACGCAGAAGAUCAUCAUGGCGACAUGGAAGAUAUUGAGAGCGAUUCGCAAUUCGGUACCAAACAAAUUGUAGACAACCAAUUUAGCGAAAACGUUAGCAACACGACGUAUAUAAUCGACAAUAAUUCGUCCAGUUCAAUCGAUGGCGUUCGAAUUGCCAAUCACAGUUUCGUACCUGUUGUAGACUCGUCCCUUUAUAAUAUAUCGGUUGCAGGUGGCACUGCUCAAUACACGAUAGGUGGCGUCGUCAAUCCGGGGGUAGGAAAUUACAUAAUCGAAGCUCCGGCUUAUAUCGUAGAAACAAAACCGGUAGAAACGCAUGCAAUGUACAUACCUCAACCCGAAGACUGUGGUCAAACGGUUCAACAACCGGAAGUGGAAGAAGAACGCAAACCGGGAAAAACGAAAAAGGCGACGGAAAAAAAGAAAAAGGAACAAGAAGUGGGUCCGUUUUUUUGUUACGUUUGCAGCGCGCAAUUUCACACGUCGGCCAGUUUACGGUUUCAUUCGUAUCAUCACAAUCGUAAGAGUAAAAGGUUUUCGUGCAUCGGUUGCGAAAAAGCAUUUGAAAAAGACAAGGAAAAAGAAGAACACGAACUCUCGUGCGAAGUUAAUUACACGAAAAACAAAUUUAAGUGCAUAUUUUGCGAUUUGCCUUUCGGCACGCCGAAAUCGUUGAGAAAUCACGAAAAUAAACACAGGCCGGUGAAAAAGACGAAAAAAUACAAGCACAUGUGCAUUUGCAUAAAGUGCAACAAAGCUUUCGACGCCAUAAACACGUUGAAAAUGCACAUAAAAAAAAUACACGGAGGAAACGCGGGUUCGGAUAAAAAGAAAAAAAAGAAAAAAGCGGACGAAACACUUCCGGUAGACGGCGGAAAUGAAAUCAAAUUCGAUAAUUUCGAAUGA